ACUUCUCCAUUCCCAUUCAUUCAAAUCAAAAAUGUAAAAAAAACAAAAUAGAAAGAAAAUAAAGAGAGAAAGCAAAAGCAAACCAUUACUAUAUCUUAAUCUUAUGACAGACACUUCCAAAUCAGUCACAAGAAAAGCACUGCACUUGUUCCUUCAUGUUUUGUUUUUCUUCUCUUCUCUCACACCAUUGCUGUUUCACACCUUCAAACUUUACACUCUAGAGAGAGAUAGAGAGUUCUGUGGGAAACAAUAGAGGGAAGAAGAGGGGAAACAAAUAGAUACCCAUUGUUUUUCUUCUUCAUUUCAAUGGAACAUUAAGUUUUCAUUUGAUGAUAUGUGAUAUUGUGGGACAUGGAAAGGGUUGCCGAGCCAAAAGUACUUCCAGUCUUAGUUGAGGUAUCUGAUGCACACACAGCUGUAAUAAAUGAAGCUGGUCAGAGACUAACGAUGCGGGAUGUUUCAUGUGCGCGUGGCGUUUCAUCAAGAGAAGUGAAUCAGUUGUCAAAUGCAAGAAUUGUUUUGGUUAGGGAUGAUAUGGGAUUUGAUACUAGAUCCUCUCAAGAAACUAUCUCCCCUGCACCUACAAGAACAGUGAAAGGGAAAGCCUCUUUACCCAAACCCGAAGAACUCUUGCCUUAUAUCGAGACAUUGAAGAGCAGCAGUGAUUCUUUUGGUGACAUUGGUCCAAGUUCAUUUUCCGGUGCUAGUCACCCACCAGAACCUGUCGAUAUUGAUCUCGUGAGAACAGUUUAUUUACCUAUAGGUCAAAACAAAUCAGAGGCUGGAUGCUUAAUGAAGAGCAUGUCCUUGAAGGGUCCUUUCCUUGAAGAUCUUUCGAUUCGUACGCUAACUAAGAAAUCAAGCAUAGCUGUUGUUUCCCCUGCAGGAAGUAUGAUCAAAGAAUCACAGAAGACCGAGAACUAUCUACCACCCUUAGAUUCUGAUGAGAAAGAAUGUGUUUGGGAUUCUUCAUUGCCUCCAAGUGGAAAUGUGAGUCCAUAUAGUAGUAUUGAUAGUACUAGUGUUGUCAGAACAAUGAGCAUCGCUAAUAGUUGUGCUAGUACUUAUCAGAGUGAUGCAAUCACUUGUGAUGGCAUGCUUAGUAUAGAUAGGAAUUGUGAUAGUAUUAAAGGAAGUGUAAGGGGAGAUUCGCUCGAGAGUGCGAAAACUAGUGCUAGUCGAGCAAGUGAUAGCAGUGGCCUCAGUGAUGACAGUAACUGGAGUAACAAUACUGGUAGUGCUAAUAAACCACAUAAAGGAAAUGAUCCUAGGUGGAAAGCCAUCCUUGCCGUCCGAGCACGGGAUGGAAUUUUAGGCAUGAGUCAUUUUAAGUUACUCAGACGACUUGGUUGUGGCGAUAUUGGAAGUGUGUAUCUCUCUGAGCUGAGUGCGACUCGGUGUUAUUUUGCAAUGAAAGUUAUGGACAAAGCAUCCCUAGCAGCCAGAAAGAAGUUGACUAGGGCACAGACAGAAAGGGAGAUAUUGCAGUUGCUGGACCAUCCAUUUCUGCCUACGUUGUAUACGCAUUUUGAGACUGACAGAUUCUCAUGUUUGGUGAUGGAAUACUGUCCGGGCGGUGAUCUACACUCUUUAAGGCAACGGCAACCAGGGAAACAUUUCUCGGAGUAUGCUGCACGCUUUUAUGCUGCAGAAGUUCUGUUGGCACUUGAAUAUCUUCACAUGCUUGGAGUUGUUUAUCGAGACCUUAAACCCGAAAAUGUACUAGUCCGAGAAGACGGUCACAUAAUGCUUUCAGACUUCGAUCUUUCUCUUAGAUGUGUUGUAUCACCUACGCUCAUCAGAACUCACGACAGCGACCCUUCAAAACGGGCAGGUGGAGGUGCAUUUUGUGUCCAGCCUGCUUGUAUCGAGCCUACAUCCGUAUGCAUCCAGCCUGCCUGUUUCAUGCCUAAGCUUUUUGCACAGAAAAAUAAGAAGUCCCGGAAGCCUAAAGCCGAUCCUGGCCUGUCAAUUGGUGCACUUCCGGAACUUCUUGCUGAGCCUACAUCAGCUCGGUCCAUGUCCUUUGUUGGCACACACGAAUACCUUGCACCUGAAAUUAUCAAAGGAGAAGGUCAUGGAAGUGCAGUUGAUUGGUGGACAUUUGGCAUUUUCUUGCACGAGUUAUUGUACGGCAAAACUCCUUUCAAAGGAUUAGGAAACCGAGCUACACUUUUCAAUGUAGUAGGGCAGCAGCUCAAAUUUCCUGAAUCGCCGGCUACGAGUUAUGCCAGCCGUGAUCUGAUCCGAGGUUUGCUUGUGAAGGAGCCACAGCACCGUCUCGGAGUGAAGAGGGGUGCAACUGAGCUUAAACAGCACCCUUUCUUUGAAGGCGUGAAUUGGGCGUUGAUACGGUGCAGCACACCACCGGAAAUUCCGAGACCAAUGGAAAGUGAAUUACCAUCCAAGUUUGAAGCAGUUGAUGAUACUGCUGGGAUUGGGAGCAAAAGUAAGAGGAUGGUUGGUGGUAAUAAUAAUAAUGAGAUAAAAUCUGUUGGUGGUAAAUAUCUUGACUUUGAGUUCUUUUAGUUUGGAUUCCUUAAUCUUCUUUGUAUUGUAUUUACAUCAUCAGUUAAUUAAUUUUACAAUAGAUGAACUUGCAUGUAUCAUCAUGUUAUUCAGUUUAGUCACAACAGAAGAAUUCAUUUUCAGUUGGAAAUUAUAGUUUUUAGGGUAGGAUGGAUGCCUUAUUUUAAUACCAUAGUUCAUAUCUAGUGUUAUAUUUUUAUUAAGCUAUUAAUUCUUUUUC